AUGGAAGACGCCGCCUUGGGCACCGGGCCACGGGACGAUCCCGAUCGGGCGCCGCCGGACCCCGCCGCCUCCCCCGCUGGUGGCGUGAAGACGGAGACCGCCGGUGGGGCGGAAGCGCCUGCUGCGGCAGGCGUGGCCGGUGAGGCCGAGCCGGGUGGAGGCGCGGCGGCGGCGCGGCGUGGGGGUGACGCGGUCGCGGAGGCCUCCGCGAGCGAGCCCACGGCGGAGUCUAACGAAGACGGCGGCGCUUCUGCUGCUGCUGCGGGCGAAGAGCGCCCCGCGGCGCGUGAGGCGGGCGGGGACGGCGGCGCGGGCGAAGGGCGGACUGCUGUGCACGCCGCGAGUGAGGUGGCUCAGGGCGGCAUUGUGGGGGGAUCGCAAGAUGUGGAUCCCGCGGUGUCUGAGGCGAAGAUGGAAGUGGACGAGGGUGGCGACGCGAGCAAGCAGAAGCAGCGCUCUCGGUCGCCUUGUAUGGCCAGCGAGGUGGACGUGGGGAGCGAUCCGGGGGCAGCGCAGGAUUUGGCUCCUGUGGCGUCUGAAGUGGAGAUGGAGGUGGAUGGCAGCCGUGUUCAGGAACAAGAGUGCGCAGUAGCGGCUGGGCCGUCUGAAGUGAAGAUGGAGGUGGAUGGUAGCCAUGUUCAGGAACAAGAGUGCGCGGGAGCGGCUGUGGUGGGAGAGGCUAAGGUGGAGGAAACUGAUGGAAGGGUGCUGAACCAAGGGCCUGCUGCCACAUCUGCUGGGGGCCUUCAGGUGCGCGCCAAGGAGGCGGGGGAGUGCUUGGUCGGCCGUUACAUUGGCCGCCACGCGCCAGGGCAUGCGAGCCUUCUUAUUGGGAAGGUUGCGUCCUAUGAUAGCACAGCUGGCGUUUACAGCGUGGUGUUUGAGGACGGACAUGCUGAGGAUUUGGCGUUUCCUCAGCUCCAGGAGUUCCUCAUGCCCGACGAGAAUUGUGCGUUAGGCAUGAAGGUGAGCUGCAGGAAGAGGAAGCUAGACCUGUUGGUUUUGUCGGGGAGUGCCUCGGAGGUGAAAGAGCCAGCAAGUACUAGGCAGAGGGUUGACGGAUGCGAGAUGCCUGCCAACCCUGAUGCGCUGCAGUGUAGUGGGUCUGGCUCGGAUAUGUCUGGGGAUAUCGAAUCUUCGAGUAAUUCAUCUGAUUUCACUAAAGAAGAACCAUCCGAGACGUGCCCUCCUGUACAGGCUGUGGAGUUGCCCCCGUCAUCGGGAGACAUUCCUGUGCCAGAAGAUUCCAUAAGCUAUCUCUUUUCGGUUUAUAACUUCCUGCGAUCCUUCAGCGUGCAGCUGUUCCUGAGUCCGUUUGGGCUGGAUGAUUUUGUUGCAGCCAUUAAUUGCGCUGUUCAGAAUAACUUGUUGGAUGCCGUACAUGUCUCGCUACUGCGGGCACUGAAGCGGCAUCUUGAAUCUAAAUCUGCUGAAGGAUCUCAGAUGGCUUCGAAUUGCUUAAAGUAUCUGGAUUGGACAUUACUAGAUGCAUUGACUUGGCCAACUUUCUUACUAGAGUACCUGUAUGUGAUGAGGUGCAUUAAGAAUCUAGGGGGGCAGAGUUUUGCUAGAAACCUCCUAGCUGCCGAAUACUAUAAACUUCAUGUUGCCACGAAGUUGAGGGUGCUGCAAAUACUCUGUGACCAUGUCCUUGAAUCAGAAGAAUUCAAAACUGUACUGGAUGAUCGAGUAGGCUACAAUGAGGAGAUGGAAUAUGAGAUAGAUUCUAGCACCUUUUGGGAGGCUGGUUCAAGGGCAGUCUCGACUAGAGCCUCGAAGGCCUCAGCUUACAAAAUGAUGAAUGAUUUACAGAACUUUGAAAGUGCUCCAAAUGUAACAAAUCCAGAUGUUGCUGUAGCAGAUGUUUCUCAGGACGGCAAUAGUGAUGAUUGCCGAAUAUGUGGAAUGGAUGGGACUUUGGUAUGCUGUGAUGGCUGCCCAUGGGCAUAUCAUUCGAGAUGUAUUGGUCAAAACAAAGCUUUCCUUCCCCAUGGAGACUGGUUCUGUCCAGAAUGUGUGGUCAACAAGCUUGGACCAACUUCGUCAAGAAUUGAACGUGGUGCAAGAGGAGCUCAAAUGUUUGGCGUUGAUAUGUGCGGGAGGCUAUUCAUAGGAACCUGCAACUAUUUACUGGUGAUCAAAACAUCUUCAGAUGUAGAGUCUUAUGCAAGAUAUUACAAUCAUUAUGAUGUUGUCAAGGUCCUCCAGAGACUUGCUCCCUCAGAUGCAUAUGUGGAUAUAUGCAGGCAAAUAAUGGAAUACUGGAAACAUUUACUCGGUACAGUUCAGAGUGAGAGAUCAACAAUAUUGGAAGAAGUUGGUACAAGACAUACUCCACAAUCCAGUAUGUUGAGUUUUACUCCAACAAAGUCAGAAGAUGGAAGUGGCUGGACAACUUCAAAAGAUGGUGGGGACAGUAAAACAGUAGCACUUCCUCAAACAAAUACACAACAGAAAUUUGUCGCUAAUCAGUAUACAGUGUGCUCUGCUGAACACCUGGAGAAACAAAAAUGCAUGUCAAGCUUAGGUGUUGUCACCGAGAAGAAUGUUGAAGUUUGCAAGGAAGCUCUGUCAGCUCAGAACAACAUACAUAAUGCACCUAGAAAUGGAAAUUCUGGACCAUUUGUGCCAUCCUCCAUUUCUCAUCAGAAUGGAUCCGUUGGAAUGGUUAUGUCUAACAUAGCACAAGCACAGCCAGCUCAUAGUAUAUAUCGUCCAGAUUUAUCCACUGUUUCUGCAAAGGCAGAAUCAUUUCGUCCAUCUUUGCAAGAUAAACACCACCUUCAGCUGUUUACUGAAAGAUCUGGAAACAUGAGUUGUGGCAAGGCAGCAAAAUCGUCUUCUUUUAAACCACAAGCAUACAUGAAUCUCUACAAUCAUGGCAACAUUGCAGCGUCUGCUGCUGCCAAUCUAGCUAUUAUAACAUCCGAUGAAGGUAAGGUUUCUGCAUCCCAACUGACCUUAAAACCAAAGUGGAAAGUGGCUGCAGACAAUGCUCUACAGUUGAAAGCAUUUUCCUCAGCAGUCGCACAAUUUGUUUGGCCGAGUACUGAAAAGAAGCUUAUUGAAGUUCCAAGAGAUAGAUGUGGUUGGUGCCUUGCUUGCAGAAGUUCAGCAAGUGGAAACAAAAAGGCUUGUUUUCUUAACAUGACCACGACAAAUGCUGCUAAAAGUUCUGCUCGAGUUCUUAGCACCAUGCGUGUAAUAAAAAAUUCUGACAGCCACUUCCCCAGUAUUGCUGCUUAUUUAGCCAACAUGGAGGAAAGUUUGUGUGCCCUGUUGGUUGGUUCACUACAAGACGUGCAGCAGAGAGAACGGUGGCAUCAACAACUAGAAGAAGCUUCCAACUGCAGAACUAUAAUACCCCUCUUGCUUGAGUUGGAAAGCAACAUCCGUGGAGUAGCAUUUUCUGCAAGCUGGUUGAAGCCAAUAGACGAUUGGCCUGUGGAAUCUCCAGGUCCAUCGACGGUAGCAUCUCGUCCUGCACAAUACCAAAAGCGUGGGGCUGGUGGAAGGCGUGGCAGAAAACGUUUGUUGGCAUCUGAAUCUGGUACUGCUACUGACGAUGACAACAGCUGGACUUGGUGGACCGGAGGAAAUAUAACAAAACGUACUUUGCAGAGGGGGGCUCUUCUACAUUCAACCAUAAGAAAAGCUGCUCGCCAAGGUGGUAAAAAAAGGAUAGCAGGUUUAUCUUACCAUGAAGGUUCCAAUUUUCCAAGACGAUCUCGGCAAUUUUUCUGGAGAGCAUGUGUUGGACUAAGCCAGACUUCAUCUCGACUUGCUCUGCAGGUUUGCACUUCUGUCCUGAUGUUGCAAAGAACCUACCUUAGCACAAACCUAAUAAUCAUUUCUCUCAGGUUAGAUAUCUUGAUGCCCACAUCAGAUGGAAGGAGUUCAUCCCUCCAGAUCAAAUUCCUUCAGAUGGAAAAAGCUCUGAUGCUGACUUUUCUGCCCUCAGAAAUGCUGUACUCUGUGAUAAAAAAAAUAAUCGACAAUAAGAUAAGAUAUGCACUUAAGUUUCCCAACCAAAAGCAUCUUCCUGUCCGUCUGACAAAAAAUAUCUUGGAAGCAGAAAGUGAUCAGGAUGAAAGUAGAAAAUUGUGGUUUUCUGAAAACCAUGUGCCACUGUACAUGUUACGAGAAUUUGAGCAGCAUGCUGAGGCUAGCUCCUUGCCUACUCCAGGAAUUCCAGACUCUAACUGUUUUACCAAUUUAUACCCAAGGCGAGUAAAAGCAUCUGACGGAGAUGUCUUUUCCUAUCUCUUUCACAAGGGAGAAGUCUAUCCCUGCACCUCAUGCAAGAAGGAUGUUCUCUACAGGGAUAUUGUUAAAUGCAGCUCUUGUCAAGGUAAUUGUCAUAAAGAGUGUACAUCAAGAUCUGUUGUUAGCAAAGGAGGCAGUGCUACUUCCAGUUUGAUAUGCAAGUUAUGCCUCCAGAAGCAGAGUCUUAUGCUCACUAGUUACAAUACAAAUACAAAUGCAAGUUAUAUCCAGCAUCAACAGAAGAGUAAUGGCCAACAGCCAGUGGCCGCUCCCAGAAUUGUAUUUAAGGUUACUUCUUCCCAUUCUGCUGAACCUGCUCCCAAAGUUGAAGCCGAGCCAGUCACAAAGGUUAAAGCACAACCAGUUGGAAAGGUGGAAGCUACAACCCAGCCAGUUGUGAAUGUGAAAGCCGAGCCACUCGUGAAGGUGGAAGCCCAGCCACUCGCUAAAGUGGCAACUCAGAAUAUCACUAGUGUCCAAAAGAAAAAAGCUAAAAAGUCAAAGUCAGAAAAACCAACGAAGGCUAAAAAAGUUCAACCGAUCACAUAUUUUGGUCUCAUAUGGAAGAAAAAUAAGAAUGACAAGGAUGAUGGAAGUGAGUUCAGGGCGAAUAAUGUAAUCCUUAAAAGCAAGGAUGGUAUAGGUUCGUCAAUAAAACCAAAAUGUUGUCUAUGUGACAAAGCUUAUUCUCCGGAUUUCCUGUAUGUACGCUGUGAGAAGUGCACAAAUUGGUUUCAUGGUGAUUCCUUGCAACUUGAUGAAGAUAGGCUUGGUGAGUUGGUUGGAUACCGAUGUUGUAGGUGCCGAAGGAGAGCCAUACCCCCAUGUCCUCAUUCAGAUAAUUAUGUAAAGCCUGAACCAGAAAUUAGUGAGCAAACAGUUGCAACAUCAUUGCUGUCAACUAUGCUAUCUAGUGAGGAGACUUUUGCUUUAGCAGAUCAGGACCCACUGCUUGCUUCAUAUGGAAUAGUUGAACCAAUUGGGGAAGAAACAAGGGAUGUUGAUAUAUCAGCGAACACGGCAAGCAUUGCCCCAGGAAGUAACCAGAAGCUGUCUAUAAGAAGAGCACAAACUAAAAUUUCUGAAUACCUUGAUCAAGCUGGUAAACCUGUGAAUGAGUAUUAUAUCCAGAAUACACCUUCAGGCUAUGGAAACAUCAAUUUCAGCCAUAUGAAUGAAAUUUCUUUUUCGGAGGCUGACAGUGUGGAUGCUUCAGAACUAUUGGGGUGGGAUUUUUCCAAAGGAACUGCAUAUGCUGCCCCACCUGAUUUCACUUCUAAUCACCAGCAGAAUGACACUAGCUGUGGCAGCUUUGUGAUGGACGAGUAUGAGCCCCAAACUUAUUUCUCGUUCACUGAGCUACUUGAAGCUGAUGACACACACCUUGACAAUGCAUUUGGGAUGGCUACUGGUCUCCAAGAUGAUGUUAACGGCACCGGAAGCUUUGCUCAACAAGGAGUUGGUUUUGAUGAUAUGUCUUUCAUGGUAGAAGAUGGAGCUUCAAAUAUGAACUUCCCAACAAAUGGUUCCACACCUGAAGAGGUAGCAUGCCGCAACUGCAUGAAUACUCAGCCGCCACCCGAUCUACGAUGUUCUGUCUGUGGCCUGCUCAUACACCUGCAUUGCUCACCGUGGGACCAAGGUUUAGAGCCCGCCAGAGCGGCAAUUGGAGUUGUGGUGGUUGCCGCGGAUGGCAAUGAUAGACUUCUGAACUUCAUUGCCUCUGUUUAG